UCACCUCACCCGGCAGCGUUUGCCUGCGAUUUCAGUGGUGGUGGAUUCGGUCCUUAUCGUUUGCCAUAAAACAGGCAGAGUGUGAAACUGCUAGAAAAUGUGUCAGCCUCAUGAGUGAAAAUUUUUGACAGACCAGUCCCUCCAGUCCAGACCGUCAGUACGGUAAUACCACACGGGUGCGUGCUCCGAGCGAUUGGAUUACCCACGGGUUGAGACACGGAUUGUGGAUUCGGCUAGAAACGCGCUAGUGGUUCCGGAUUGCAGGGGAGUGUGUUCCAUAUUUGGGAAUUCGUGAAGAUCUCGGUGGAAGUAGACGAGGAAGAUUGAAGAAAUGUGUCACUUGGAAGCAGAGUGUUGAAAUUUGGUGUGUAAUUUUGCACAAAAAAGGGGGUUUCCUGACGUAGUUUGCCAGGAAGUGAAAAUUGGGGCUUCCGGGCGACGGUGAAGAAGAGGUCACACACAGAACGUGCUCGAUGAGCUGAGACUUGCAGUGGCGUGUAGCGUACAGUCUGCAGCCGAUGAUGUAGUUCGUCCAGGCGACAUUUAGAAUUUUCACACCAUACGAGUAUCACAAAACCAGAACACUGCAUGCCGCUGUCCCUUGAGAUCAUACAAAACACCACAGGUUCCGCACCGUAUUUGGUUUUUGUGUGAUUGACAAGUGUUGAUAAGAGCGGCAGAAAUCGUCUAGUUAUCAAGCGAACGCGACACACCGGAAGAAUCCAAUACCUCGAACCCACUAGAAAAAUAAAAGUCGUGUUGCGAAACUGCAAGGAAAAUCGAUUGCGUGUCGCACACACAUCCUGAUCCCGAAGAAGACUCAACCGAGGAGGUAGGCUUCAUCCCGAACGGCAGCAGUCGUGAUUCCACGUUGAAUGCUUGCUUACAUAAUUGGAACAACCUUCAACUCUGCGUGAACGCAAGGUUCUCCAGCAAUCAGCUCUAAUAGCGUAUUCUGCGUUUCAGAAGUUCUCCAUGAACGAGUGAAUCCGUCAGAGAGCAUCUCGCAACGCCAAGAACUACCCCCAUCAGGUCGUUCCUCCGGUAUUCGCGUAAUCGUGCCAUGCCGCGACCAUCGAACCGCUCAACGCUCGUUAGCCACCUCGUCGUCGCAAUCGCCCCGAGAUAGCAUAGAUACGCUGGAGCCCUCGUAUUGCGCUGAUUAACAGCAAUCUCCGUCGCCGUCACCAUUAUCACGCCGCACCAGCAGCAGUACAGUCACAAUUUCUUCAGUUUGAUCUCCCGCUCCAAAAUCACUCGGGCAAAACCUCCCUGACAUCCUCCCGCUGACCCCUAAACAAAAACCUCCUCCUCCCACCUCCUCCCCGUAAAAUGCCCCUCGAAACCAGCGAUCUGCACCCGGAACCGGUUCCGCCAGCGCAUCCACCUCCUCCGGACGUCCCGGACCAAGCCAACGGAGGCUACCCCCCGCACAACCCGGACCUCUACGCCUCGAUCCGCAGCAACAAAUCACAAAUGGCGGCCGCAAUCCGCUCCUCCAACCGCCGCGUCGAGGAAAAACACCACCCGGAAGGUCACUCGACCCUGGUCGAACUCCUCACCGAGACGUCCCAAGCGUCCGUGCACGACAUCCUGAACGAUGGCGAGGAGGACCAAAUGUUCGUCACCGGCUACGAAAAGUCCUCCGUCCGGACGUUCUUCUGCUACGUCGGCUUCGUGCUCACCCUCGGAAUCAUGCGGCUCGUGAUGCACUGGUGGCAACACUGGCUGCUGCUCGCGACCCACCGGAAGUGCUCGCUCGAGGUCGCCCAAAAGGUGCUGGUUCACGAGCGGUACCAGGACAAGCACGAUGCGUACUACGUCAAGAACGUCAUCACGAUGAACGCCGAAGCAAUCAGCGAGGUGACCUCAACCAGCAAGCGUCUCUCGACCAACGGCCAGUGCAUCGUCAAGGAGCUCCAGCAGAAUGGCAUCACGAACCGGGUGGCGUUCUUCAACGAGUGCAGCCCCUUCCAGGUGGCCUUCCACCGGACCGGAGGCCGCUUCGAGCACUUUGACUCGAUCCGGUUCUUCUGCUGCAAGAAGCUGCGCUACAUCUGGAGUCCGGAAACGAAGCGAUUCGUCAAGCUACGCGGCAUGGACGUUGAUGUGCCGAGCGUGACCAUCCAUCACAACAAGGGACUGUCGACGUACGAGCAGAACAUCCGCCGGCUGGUGUACGGAAGCAACGAGAUCCUGAUCCCGCUGCGAGGUGUCGUGACCCUGCUGUUCCUCGAAGUGCUCAACCCGUUCUACGUGUUCCAGAUCUUCUCGGUGAUCCUGUGGUUCGCGUACGAUUACUACUACUACGCAACGGUCAUCAUGCUGAUGAGCGGGUUUGGCAUUACGGUGUCCAUCAUCCAGACCCAGAAGAACCAAAAGGCGCUGUACUCAACGGUCAAGAGCAGCGACACCGCAACGGUUAUACGGGAAAAUUGCGAGUCCGAGCAGAUCGAAACCCGCCUGCUGGUUCCCGGAGACGUUCUGGAAAUCCCCGCAACCGGUUGCACCAUGCAGUGCGAUGCGGUCCUAAUAUCCGGAAACUGCAUCCUGGACGAAUCCAUGCUGACUGGAGAGAGUGUUCCCGUUACCAAGACCCCACUUCCACUGAAACGUGAUCUCAACUACGACAACAAGGAACACGCCAGACACACGCUCUUCUGUGGCACCAAGGUCAUCCAGACGCGCUACAUCGGCAGCGAAAAGGUUCUGGUCAAGGUGAUCAACACCGGAAACAUCACCGCCAAAGGCGGCCUAAUCCGAUCGAUCCUCUACCCACCCCCAGUCGACUACAAGUUCGAAAAAGACUCGUACAAAUUCAUCAUGGUGCUAGCGUUCCUCGCCGGCUGUGGUUUUCUGUACACCGUAACCACCAAGAUACUGCGCGGCGUAGGCGCCCUCAAGAUCAUCGUCGAAUCGCUCGAUCUGAUCACGAUCGCCGUCCCCCCGGCUCUACCCGCCGCCAUGACCGUUGGUCGCAUGUACGCCCAGAAGCGGCUCCAGAAGAACAACAUCUACUGCGUGUCACCACGGGCCAUCAACGUUUCCGGCAGUAUCGACUGCGUUUGCUUCGACAAAACGGGAACCCUCACCGAGGACGGACUCGACAUGUGGGGCGUCCUGCCGAAAGACUCCACCAACAACUUCCAGAUCCCGCUGACCCAGAUCAACCGCCUGCCCAUGUCGGAGCACUUGCUCAGCGGAAUGCUGACCUGCCACUCGAUCACCUUCGUCAACGGGGAAAUGCGCGGUGACCCGCUAGAUUUGAAGAUCUUCGAGUCGACCGGCUGGAUCCUCGAGGAAGCGAACGUGUCCGACGAGACCAAGUACGACCUGCUGUUCCCGACCAUCGUCAAGCCACCGCGUACCGACUCCAAGGACAACCUGAACCUCGAGCUGGACGUCGCGUACGACAACUCGAACGACAUCGGCAUCGUGCGGGAGUUCUCCUUCACCAGUGCUCUCCAACGCAUGUCGGUCAUCACGCGCAAGCUCUCCGACAACCACUUUAACGUGUACUGCAAGGGAUCCCCCGAAAUGAUCUCCAGCCUGUGCAAGCCGGAAAGCAUCCCGGAGGACUUUACCAGCAAGCUCGGGUUCUACGCCCAGCAGGGCUACCGGAUCAUCGCGAUCGCGUACAAAUCGCUGGACAAAAAGAUGAACUACUCCAAGGUGCAGAAGGUGUCCCGCGAGAAGAUCGAGAGCGAUCUGCAGUUCCUGGGCUUUGUGAUACUGGAGAACCGGCUCAAGACGGACACGGAGGAGGUGAUUGAGAGCCUGAACGCGGCCAACAUUCGCUGCAUCAUGGUAACCGGCGACAAUCUGCUGACCGCUGCCAGCGUAGCGCACGACUGCGGGAUGGUGAUGCCGGGCCAGAGCCUGGUGACGGUGACGGCGCACGUGGACAAGAGCGGCUCGAACAAGUACUUCUUGAGCUACGACAUCACCGGUCAGCCACAGCUGACGCAGUCGGACAUAAUCAACGACAACAGCGUCAGCGACGAGAAGCGCAACGGGAACUACACGCUGAUGACCCAGUCGAACAGCGUGAGCAGCUGCGAAACGAUCGACACUUGCACGCUGUCGACGCAGGUGAGCGCGUUUGAGAAGGAGGCGCAUAGGAUCACGAUCGAAGGGGAGGGCGAGAAGACGAUAGCUGCGGGGAAGGGAGGAUCGUUCCGGUUUGCGUUGACUGGGAAGACGUGGGCGAUUAUAAAGGAGCACUUUGUGGACUUGGUACCGACGAUCAUCACUUUCGGAACGGUGUUCGCGCGGAUGUCUCCGGAUCAGAAGCAGCAUUUGAUUAGCGACUUGCAGAACUUGGGUUAUUACGUGGCGAUGUGUGGGGAUGGAGCGAAUGACUGUGGAGCGUUGAAGGCAGCGCAUACCGGGAUUUCGUUGUCGGAAGCGGAGAGUUCGGUGGCGUCGCCGUUUACCUCCAAGAAUCCGACCAUUGCAUGCGUCCCGAAGGUGAUCAAGGAAGGUCGAGCGGCGCUGGUGACAUCGUUUGGAAUUUUCAAGUACAUGGCCGCGUAUUCGCUGGUGCAGUUUGCUUCCGUGUUGAUCCUGUACUCGAUCGAUUCCAACUUGACCGAUCUGGAGUUUUUGUACAUUGAUCUCUUCAUCAUCUCGGUAACGGCGUUCUUCUUCGGCAAGACGUCCUCGUAUGACGGUCCGUUGGUGAAGCAAACUCCAUCGAACUCGUUGAUAUCGUUGAGUCCGCUGCUGUCGCUGGCACUGCACUUGAUCGUUGCGCUGGGAUUCCAGGUUGCGGGUUGGUACCACAUCCAAGCCCAACCGUGGUUCGUUCCGUUCAACUACACCGACGAGCUGGCGUUGAACGACCUAGGCUGCUACGAGAACUACGCCGUUUUCUGCAUCUCCACGUUCCAGUACAUCAUCCUGGCGAUCGUGUUCUCCAAGGGUGCUCCGUACCGCAAGUCGAUCAUCUCCAACUACGGCUUCCUGGUGGCCAUCAUCUUCAACACGUGCCUGUCAAUCCUGCUGACGCUGUACCCGCCCGUCUGGCUGCAGGACCUCUUCCAGCUAGUCGUUCCCCAGGACGACAUGAUCUUCCGGGCGUACCUGGUCGGGUAUGGCGUGGCCAACUUCAUCCUAGCGCUGUUCAUCGAGAAGUACAUCAUCGACGAGAUCGCGUUCAAGAAGCUACGCUACCGCUGGCACAACAUUGCCAAGUCACGGCGCAAGUACUUAAUGAUCGAGCACAGCUUCCGCAAGGAGGUGCAGCACCCGAGCGACUUCAAAACCGUGCUCGGCUGGUCCAGCGAGAAGUACGAUUACUGACAGCUCCUGCUGCUCGAGCUGGCGAUCUGGCCACUUCGGUAGCGACCGCCGCCGUCGCCGCCGGACUUGUUCUAUUUGUUUUCAGUUUUAUUUAUCCGUACACGAUUAAGGAGUGCAAACUGCCAACAAACGGUUUUUUUCUUUUUCUGAUCACCACCACGUGUGGUGAGUGGCUUUUGCGAGAGACCACACACGCGCAUGAGUUUUGUGUUUUAAAUUAAUUGUGGUGUAAAUAGUUGUAAGUGCCAUAAUUGUAUUAUGUUAACCGUCGAUACGAUCAGCAAAGCGGACGCGGAAUAAAGUUUUCACUUGUGAUAAAUGUGUAACGCCCGGAGGAGAGUGAAGCCGGAAACAGAAUGGGAUUUUAGGAAGUAGCAACAACACACGACACAACACUACAAACAAAAAGAAUACAGGAAAUUUUUAGCGCUGUGCAGAAUCGAAAUCAAAGGAAGACAAUAAUCAAAAUUUGUAUAAAUUAGUGCACGAGAUAUCCCCUUGGGCAAGAUUCGCUAAACAAACCCAACCCAACUAAACCGAAACGGAACGCUUCUCCUGGAGUCCUCCCCAUCGCUUCUGCACACGAAAAUUACCCCGCACUCGGUGAGGUUUGUGAGAUUGCUUUUGAGAAACUAUCGUGAUGAUGAAUAACGCCUUUUGAAGGUUGAUGAAAAUCUCUUCGAUGCUUUGCAGAUUCGUUCAAGAACUGUUACCCACGGUUACAACACUUACCUUAAAAUUUCGGCUUGAGCGUUUCGAGACUUGAUAAAUCGGCCCCAAAACGGUAUUCACAUCCUAGAAACCAUUACCACUACGAAGCAGUGCAAUACACACGUCUGGAAUGAGAAAGAGAAUAAAAUUCAACUAACAAUUACCAAAGAAACAGCGCUUAAAAUGUUAAACAAUUAAGUCCAACUAAUCAACAAAGGCCUCCCAAAUUUUACCGAGUGCACAAAAAAAACGAAAAUCUUGUAUAACUUGAAUCAACUUGCUAUCGGGAUGUGUUAUCCGGAAUCUUCGGAAACGACAUGAUUUAGCCUAAAACUUUCACAUUGCCAGCCAAAUGCGGAAAUCUUAAAUCAGCACGACGUGUUGCGAAAAGGGCAAAUCGACUAGAGAACUGUACACUAACAUGCACGAUAACUUUAACAAUCACUUACACUUGUAUAUCUUAUGUUUGAAGAAGGAGAAAACUAUUUCUAACCCCCUAAAAGCUUGGAGCAAGGUAGCGAGCAAGAGAGCAACUCUCUCGCUCCGUAGCAACAGGGACAAAGCAGAGAAAAACGGGAGAGUCACUCUCUUGCUCGCUGUCUUGCGCUGAGCACGAUACAAAGAAACUCGCAGAGUGUGCGUAUUAUUAGCUGGUGAGAGUCACUCCACUGACGGUUCAAACUCAUGCACACGCAACACGCAAAUCAGAAAACCAACACAUUCUCACUGCACCGUUUAGAUGUAAAUGAAGAAAAUUAGACGAUCACUUAUGAAAUUUUGAUUUUAAAAUGACGCAGCGUUGACCACAUUCUUUUGCUUCUGGUUACAGGCAAAACAAAAAUCGUAGUGUAAAACGUGGCAUUUUUGCAGAACAUAACCUCAAAACUCUGUAGCUCCAUUUUGGCAUACACGAACGUUAGGGUAGCUUUAAAGAAUGAGGGAAAAGGUAGCAUUUUUUGAAACGCAGAAAACACACAUCUAUACACUUAUAAUUAGCUAAAUUUGCAAAUAUUGCAAUCUACUCUAGUGCAUCUCAAAACAAAACAAAAAAGUGUUUUAAUCUAGAUUUACUAGAGUUACAGAACCAAAAGCCGACAAAAAAAUAAAAAUGAAAGAGAGUAUUGCAUAUAUCUCAAGCAGCCGCGAAACUAAGUUAAGUUAGGCAGUUGUUUGCGCGUACGAUGGUCAGGAAGUUGCUAACCCUUUUAUGGUGACAUUACACUGCGCGAAACUUUGUUUGCAAGCUUGUCAAUACACAGUUUCGACAGAUGUCGCGUUUGUGUUUCCCUAUUCCACUAUGGCAAACUUUCCGACAAACACCAAAACUGUGUUUUGAAAAGUUUGCAAACAAAGUUUCCCGCAGUGGAAUACCACCUUAAGUAGCCUAACCCCCCUUUUGAAAGCAGUAGGAAUACAAUUUCAACAAGUCUCUUCCGUACCGGGAAACCUGCAAAACGGGAUCGCGAAAAUGGUCACAAAGUGACCGUUAAAACGACCCGUGAAAAUCUACUUAAUGCAUCAGGUGAAAAUGUUUACAUUAAUUCAAAUAUAUAAUUAAAUAUUUAUGAUUUGUUUUUCUACGUUAGCGCGUUUUCUACUAAAAUAUCACUACUAUCACUAUUUGUAAGGAAUGUAUCUGUUUGAAAAAUAGGUAAAACCGAAAGGGACAUUUAGAACCAAGCAUGCUUUCAACAUUCAAAAACGAAACAUAGAAUCACAAAACGAAGAAAAUAGAUAAAUUUUGAAGUGCACAGUGACACAAGGACUUCCUUACACAACAAUGCAAAAAAAUAGGCAAAACCAAUAGACAAACAAAAAAAAACUAGAUGUGUUAACCGUUCAACCAGCACAUCAAGAAAAACACAACACACAUUAUAACUGAAAACACCACAGCGAGCAGAGUGGGAAAAGAAGAGCGGAUUGCUUCAUCAACACUGAGAGCAGUUGUUUGUUUCUUUAAUGAAAAAAUAGGUUUUAAUAAGCUGCUAAUUCAAAUAUAGUUGUAUACAAUUGAGGUACCUAUCCUGAAUCAAGAAAGAUAUCAUUUGAAUAAAAAAAGGUGUGAAAAGAAGUACCAACAAAAUUAAAAGAAGAAGAAGAAGCACGACUCUGCUGAAGGUUGAAACUGUGUGUACAUAUACCGGGAUAUAUUUUACAAGAAAUAAAGGUUAUUAUUAUAUCAUGAA